AUUUUUUACACUAUUAAACAGUUUGAAUGAAAUUGAGACAAAAGGAUUAUUGUGGUAUUUUCUUUUAACAUAGCUGGCAACAUCGAAACGGUUUUUGCAAUUCCUUUUCAGUUUCUGCUUUGAUCUAAUUGCAGUGCUUGGAAAAUAAUACGACUGGCAGGAAGUCUAUUCAAUUGUGCAGUGAAAAUUUAUUUAAAAAGCGGUUUAUUCUCGGUAAAAAUGUUGUAAAAAGUUUACACGCGAUGUAAAACGUUAUAGUGCUUUGAAAAUAUACAAAAAAUUUAGUGAAAUUAGUUGAAUAAGGUGAAAAAUUAGUGUCUCCCGUCGGCAGGACGAAAAAUCGAUAGUUACAGACGGUGAUUUUGAAAAUUAAUUUUGUAGUGCAUUUAACCACAGAAUGGUAGGCCUACUGGAUCCUUUGAAAUAUGGAGAGCAUUUUUAUGAGUUAUACACUAGUAAUACACGUCGAAAACUACAAAAUGAUCGCAAAUCAUUGUCUAAGCGAAAAAGUAAAGAUAAGAAGGCCGCCGCACUCGCUGCUGCGGCGGCGGUACUUGAGGGCAACGCUGGUGCCAUUGUGAAUCCCAUGGAUCCACCGAUUAUAAAAGAUCAAUUGCUAUUAUUUCCUACAUUUCCGGUGGCACAUAUAGAACUGGAAGCUAAUGCGUCGAAAUUCGCCAUUUUCGCCGUGAUACGCUCCACCGUACUGGAAGCAGAGACACGUUAUGCACUCUUUCAAGAUAGCAGGGGCACUUUGCGUCGCCUACACAAUUUAAGUUCCUCUUGCUGUCUUGUUUGUGCUGGCACAUGUAUGACAACAAAUCUGCUUGAUUGUUCCUGUCACAGCAUGUUGUCAGCAGCAAUUGGUGGCGCUAAUGGUGGCAAUGGUUUGCUGGUGGAAAAACGUUCACGACAUGAUUCGGCGAACAGUGAUGCCGAGAGUGAGUCGGAAGAAGCUACUGAGAAGGAAUUCACGCUUGUACGCGUACCACUGAUUGUGGGUGCGGGUUUGCGCAGUCUUUUCGAGUUAAUCGCUGAAGCGCGUCACAUACAACCCAUGUUAUGUACGAAAGCACUUAAGGCAUUACUCGAUGUCAUACAAGGACAACAACCGGAAUCAUUUAAAUUGGAACCUGAUGAUUUGAUAAAUCCAUUAUAUGAUUUACUAUUGGAUUUAACAACUAUGCCAGCAGCGCUCGUUGCCAAUGCGACCACUGAAGCCAAUUGGUCGGCAAUGGCUUGUGCCGCGCUAAUUGGACUUUGUAUUGCACGCGGUGAUACGGGAAAAAUAUUGAAGGCCAUUGCGGCCAUGUUGAUGUCACCCAAACAGUUGUCUACACAAAUAAUACAAUUGCCUGCCGUGCUAUCAUCACUGCAGCGGACUGUAAUGAGUGCCGCACUGAAUAAGCCCACAAGACCGGAUUUUCACACACACGGUAUACCCGUAAACUCACUUAUCGAUGAGUUCAGUUUAAAAACAUCUGCCGCUGCCAGUGGCAAUCUCUACACGCAACCCGCCAUGGCGUCAGAUGGCACCUAUCUAUAUCUUUUGCUUGGUAGUUCGUUGCUUAAAAUCGGAACUGGAUUUAGCGGCUCCUUUAAGGGGCAUAUUUACGCGCAAAAUGAUGAAUUUACCAAGGAAAAAACAGGUUGGUUAGGUCAUUUUGGCGGCAACCUCUAUUUUCGACGCAAUGUGAAGCGUUCAGCAGAUCACUUGCACCUAGUUAAUAAAGACACGCUGACCAUUAAGGGCAUAAACUCCGUUAAUCUUGUACCCAUACGUGAGGGAUUCAAUUAUGUGCUUUUCACCGAUGAAGACUCAAUCAACGCGAUCUGCACUAAUCGAGAUGAUACACUUGUUGUGAAAAAACUCAAUUUCAACAAUUCCAAUACUUAUGGCAGCGACUCGUCGCCACCUUUCGAGCUGCCCCUUAAGCUGGCACGUAAAAAGUUUCGUACACUCGGUUAUGCCGCUUUCGAAGAUGAAGUGCUCAAUCAAAAUCAAAUACAAAAAAUACAAUCCUCAUAUAAUAUUUUCGAGCCGAAAUUACCCAGUGACGUUGAGAUACACGGUGUCGUAUGUGGCAAAGAGUUCGGUCUCGUGCGUGCAUCGAAUGGCAAGGUGUACUACUACGGCAAAUCGGCGUCGUUGGGACUGAAAUCAAUUGGACGCACGCCCACCAUGAAAAUGACCGAGUUGAUAAUUUCGAAAGUUUCGAAUAUUGUGCACAUCGCCGUCGGUCAUGAUGGUAUACACGCAUUGUUGGUAAACGAUGACGGUACUGUUUACUUUACAGGUACCGCACGCCGUGGCGAAGAUGGCGACUCUUCGAAGAAUCGACGACAACCGAAAGCUGUGAAGCCGAAAAAAAUGUCCAAAAUCGACGGGCAUGUAGUCAUACAUGCGGCCUGUAAUAACGGCACAUCCGCUUUUGUCACCAAAACGGGCAAAUUAAUUAUGUUCGGCAAGGAUACGGCGCAUUGUGAUGCCAGCGGCUGUGUCAGCGACUUCAUUGAUCAGCACAUAACGAAGGUGGCACUGGGUAAGGCGCAUUGUGUGGCGCUAAAUUCAAAGGGACAACUCUUCACGUUCGGUCUGAAUAAUAAAGGCCAAUGCGGGCGUGUAUUCAGCAAAUCUGGCAAAGACAAUUGUGUAACCUUACAAAGUGGCGUUGGUGCUUUGAAUGUGGCUACAACUGCUGACGCAGAUAGCAAGUGCCUGUUGGCCGCCAAGAAGUUAAAGUUCGAUUUUUCCACGCUCUGUGAUUACGACGAUCAUCAGUUGGUGCAGGGGCAGUGUCGUGUUUGUGUGAUGUGCCGUGAAUGCACCGGCUACAAUGUCUCGUGUGUGUCGACGCUGAAUGUGCCCGUUGAGGAACGUUUACCGGGCGCCAUUUGUCCUUGUGGCCACGGUGAUGCCGGCUGCUCCAAAUGUGGACUCUGCUCCACAUGCAUUUCGCUGCAGGAGGCGGAAAACGACGCCAACAAGGAUAAUAAACAGCUGCAAAGCGAAUUGAAUCGUCAACGUUCGAAGAGCUUGAUAAUGCGUCGCAAGGAAAAGAAAACCGUUGUCGAAGAGCAUACGGGCUCACAAGCAACCGACACCGACAAAGAUCCACCACGCGUUGCACCGCUAGCGCCACAAAUGCUCAAUUUGCCGAGCAGCUCGCCGGUGGUGCAAGUGUCGUGUGGCCUUCACCACACCGUCGUACUCACGCUGGCCGGUGAGGUGUACACAUUUGGCAGUAAUCAAUAUGGCCAGUUGGGCACAGGCGACUUGCAGCCGGUUAACGGUCCGGUUAAGGUGCAUGUGCAAGGCGCGAUUAGUCAGGUGUGCGCCGGCAGUAAUCAUACGGUGCUGAUGACCUACAAGGGUAUGGUCUACACUUUUGGUAAUUACCAAAAAGGUCAGUUGGGCCGACUGCCCAAUGAUUUUCCACGCGACAAAGCAGCUGGUGUGGGUGGUGAGGAUGCGUGCGCAACAACAAAUAAAACAGCGUGUGGUGAGCACGGUGUUGCCAACACAGGCAUUAGUGGUGGCGCAAAGGAUGGCUGCAUUGCGAAUUUGCUGACACAGCGCCAGAAAUUCUUAUGGCACUGUGCGCCAGGCGCGGUUUUCGGUUUGGGUCCGAGUUUCGGCAAGAAAGCUACCUGGAUUGGCGCCAGCGGUGAUCAGACAUUUAUUAAAAUUGACGAGUCGCUUAUCACGACACACAUAUUGCCGAAAGUAAAUGUGGUUGCCAAUAAGAAAACUAUUUUGCUCAUACCAACUAUACCGCUUACAUUCCACACGCUCUCCAUUAAUCGCCGUGAUGGCAGCUGCACUGCGCACUAUCGCAAUCAGAUCAAUUUCGUGCAGCUCAUACAGAAUAGCAAUGCCAAAGUAAUGCCUGAGCUAAAUCAAAAUAUUGCCGCAAGCGCUGGUCCUACAGCGUUGGCCAGUAGCGCACCCGGUGUGGCGGCGUCACCUCUCCAACCGGCCGUUGCUGGCGCCAUCAAUGAGCAGAUGUCACGUAGCAUGCAUGAGGCGCGUAAUCAAAUCUUCGAUUUGCACGACAAUCAGCUGGGCGAGCAGCAGCAACAGCGGCGACGUCAACGUGCGCGCGAGCAGGCGAAGAGUCCUGCUGCCGGCGCAUCGGCAAGUGGCAGUGUUGUGCUGGACAAGCCGCAGCCGCAAAUCGCAUUCGCGCUGGAUCCACACUACAAUGUUUUGUGGGUGUACGACGGGGGUGCGCGGAAGCUGCAGUGCUACAAUGUGUUGGCCAGUGAGAUCGCCAAUUGUGGUGCUAAUUCAUCGAAUUUCCGUGCCAUAUUAUCGCCGGAAUUGGCAUUACCGAACAAGGUCGAGGCGCGUAUAUCUCGCUCGCAAGCUUCACUGAAUCUGCUGGCCUGUCUGGACAUACUCACCUCAGCACAGGAUGCCAUUCCGACUUGUUUCGAGGAGUCCGCCCCCAAGCAACAAAAUCAAACCAAAGAGUCUUUGAAUAACGAGUAUCAGAUUGUCAAUCGUUUUGACAAUUUCGGCGGCGGCUGGGGCUACUCUGGGCACAGCGUUGAAUCUAUACGCUUCUCUGCCGAUACCGAUGUCAUGAUUUGUGGCUUUGGCAUGUUUGGCGGCCGUGGUGAAUAUACUUGCAAAUUGAAACUUUUCGAUUUGGGCACCGACGGUGGUGGCUACGAGAAAGAGGGCGUACUCAUUAGUGAAACCAAAGAGGUACCUUUUGAGUGUGCCGCACGCAGCAAACAUCACAUUAUGUUGCCCAAACCGAUCAAUGCGGCGGCUGGUCGUUGGUAUUUAAUAUGGGCACGCAUCGCUGGCCCCUCCUCCGAUUGUGGUUCGUGCGGUCAGGCUUCGGUGACCACCGAAGAUCAAGUUGUAUUUACAUUCAAGUCAUCGAAGAAGGCCAAUAAUGGCACUGAUGUGAAUUCCGGUCAAAUACCAUGCAUACUCUAUCGCCUCAUAACGCAGGAAUCGAAGCAGCCCACAGCACCGGUCGAUGUGGACCCGGUGCAGAAGAUUACAAAAUCCUUUGCAAACACUGUCAGCAAAGAGUGCUUUGAGAGUUUAGUCGUGCUGCUCAAUUGGUCGUGGGAGACAUUUAAAACGAAUUUGCGCGAACAACGCGAAAAGGGCCGCCAACUGCAGGUGAAGCAAUCGUUGGCCUAUUUGAUUUAUGUGAACAAGUCCUGUUUGCGUUUACUGCGCAAAUACACCAAUGAGAUUUAUCCACAACGCGCCUCGGCAACAUUUGCCAAUACGCUGACCGCGACGAGCAUUGCGAAUGCGCUCACGAAGCUACAAACGCGCUCGGGAAAAUCGGGUGAUGCGAAAGAUAAAAAUUCCAAAACAGCGCUGAGUAACUCUACCUCCACGGUGAUUGCGAAUAAUGUCGCCAAGUAUUUUGGUGAGACCUCUGCCGCCGCGUCUUCAUCGCUAUCAGGUGCUGCAAAUGGUCUAUCGUCCACGCGCAAGCCCAAUAUGGAGAAUAUCCAGUUAGCCGAGUGUAUUGGAAAUGUCCGUGCGCUUCUGAUUAGCAUAUUUUGUGAUGACAUCUUCAAGGAUAUUUGCAACGAGCGCGGUUUCGCUAUGGUUUUGGAAAUAUUAGAGGAAUGUCACAUUAGCUUUGUGGCCUGUUUUGAUGCUUUCUAUCCCACGUCCUCUUUGAAAUGGAACUGUCUAUGCGAUCUGCUCUCACAAAUGGAUAAACAGCAGGGCACCUUACAUUCCCGCUUACUCAGCGCAAUACUUGCUGGUCUUUGCUCACCGUCAGUGAAGUUGCGCACCACAUUCUCACUACUCAAUCCGGGCAAUGAGCGUCAAUCAAUAAUCAGUCCCAGCGACAAUUCGGGGCUGCCCAUGUUGUCAUCCACAGAAGCGCAUCAGUAUCCCAUACUCGUUGAACAAAUGAUCUAUCGUACACAACAGGAGAAAGCUGAUUUCCUCAGCAAUUCGUGGACAUUCAAAGAUGUGCUCGUGCGACUGCUGGACAUUAUAGCGAAUCCGAUACGUGCACGAAUCGAGAAUAUAUACAAUCGUAGUGUUCAAUUCAAUUAUGCCGGCGCAUAUGGUGGCAAGGACACCAAUCAGGGCUUAAUUGAUAACUGCUGUCACCUGCUGGCGCGUGUGCUGGCCGAAAUUGUCUAUCAGACCGCGCUGGGCGAUUACGACAAAAUGUUCAUGCCGCCACGUAGCCUGCACUCGACUGGUUCACGCUUUGCGCGUUGCGAUCAGAGUCGCACCUGGAACACUGGCAAUUUUGGACCGGAUGCUAUUGGAUUCACCGUCGAUCGACCGGGUAUUGCCAUUGCAGGCGCUAUGGUGUUCUCCGGCUCCGGUUCGUACGAUUACCAAUUGGAAUUGCUGUACGACAACACUGUCGACUUGCAGUCACAACACAAGUGGGAAACGCUCGAAUCGGUUUCGGGCUCAUACGACCAGGAUGUGGUGCACAAUGACAUGACCGAAGUCAAAUUCGAACGGCCGGUGCAUAUUAAGGAAAACGCACGCUAUGCGCUCCGUCUAUGCUCACAAGGCGCACGCACAUGUUCCGGCGAUGCAGGCAUGCCGUCAAUACGCGGUCCUUGCGGCACCACAUUCCAAUUCUAUUCGUGCGAUUUGAGUUUCAAUGGCACGACGCCACAACGCGGCCAAAUACCGUGCAUACUCUACUACAGCACGCCACUCAAGAGUGACGCGUCGGUAGGUGGUAGUGGUGCUGGUGGUGGCAGCUGUAGCAAUGCACCGGCAACCAAUGAGGUCACCACACGCGACACGGCUUUACAAAUCGCCAGUGAUAUCACGAAGAAAUGCACCGAAUUGUUGAUUUUGGCGCGCAAUGCUUUGGCCGCCUCGCUUUCGCCGUCCGACAACUCAUCGAAUCACACGCAAACCAUUGAUUCGGAGCAUAAUAUCACGCCGAUUGAGGAGCACAUGGACAUCAAUUGGGCGAAUAAUUCGCGCACCUCGGUGUUGCCUGUUGAUGGCAAUAUCUCGACGGCGCGUGAUAUAACUAAGCGCAUUGAAUCGUUUUCGAAGGGCAUCAUUGAGACGUUGAAGUUUGAUAAGCGCUCCACGAACCCAUUCGAAAUGGAGAUCGAAAUCGGCGCUACCGAAAUUCAUCCCAAAGAUUUGAUGAUUGAGGAGACCACAGGCGUGCAGGAUUUGAAUUUCCGCAAUGGUCAGAUAGCCAAAUUGAAUGGCAAUGAACGUGUGGCUGAUGAAGACGAAGUGGCUGAAGAGUUUGUUAAUGUGCAGCAUCACCACAAUCAUCAGCAGCAGAACAAUCAGAUUGGUGUUGGCGGCAUGUUGCGCUCCGAGUCGGAAGAUGUGCCCGCGACGCAACUGACGGUAGUGCAGAUCAUGGAAGUUUUCAAUAUGGCAUCUUCGAAUAUGUUCCACACGUUGCUGCCGCUGGUUUAUGCGCAUGUCGCCAAUCUGGCUUGUAGCGACCCGAAGAGCUCCGUGCAAAUACUUGGCAUGAUUAAGGAGAUUCUGCCGCACAUCGCCGCUCUUAAUCAAUUGUACGCUACGAAAGAUCAAAGCGCUAACGCCGGCGCUGUUACCAUUAGUCCUGCCGCGGCGGCGCAGAGUUUACGCAACGCGAUGGCCGUCGAUAAUCGUGAAUUUCGUUCACGUAAGAAGAGUGAAAGUGAGGCGCAAAUGUUGGGCGAUCGCAAUGGCAGCGAAAGCAUAACGACUAGCAAUCAUUACUGUGUGGUGGAGAGCGAGCAUCCAUACCGUAGCGCCACCAUUAGCUGCCAGCGUGUCGAAUUCCCACCUUGUGUGCAGUGGCUAACCAUCGAGUUCGAUCCACAAUGCGGCACCGCGCAGCUAGAGGAUUAUCUAUUGCUCUCUAUACCAAUGCGUCCGACCGUUACGGAGCCGUGUCCGACGAAUGAGGACUACUUCGAUAUGCUCGACAAUAAUGUACGGCGUGCGCAGAGUUGCACGGGCAAUGCGUUGAUUAGUAGUUGUUAUAAGAGCGCCGGCGCGAAGGAUGAACGGGAAAGUGGCGCAAGUGCGGAUCGCGAUUGGAUUGUGGUGAAGAAAUUCAACACUUCCUCAAAUUGGAUGCAAAAUGUUAUGAUUUUACCCGGUAAUUGUAUUGAGUUUUCUUUGGAAACAUCUUCAUUGUAUGCCCAAGAUCCACAUAUUAAUCGCUAUGGCUUUAAAUGCCUUGUCGUCGGCUAUGAUAAUCCUUCAACUCUGAGUGCAACAAAUUCCUGCCUGAUACGUCUCGAGCAGGAAUUGGCAUAUUUAGGUGGAAUGUGCAGUGCAAAUCUGAUGAAGAAGGAUCUAAAUCUACCAGAUGACAAAGAUAUGGAGGAUCUUGGCGGCGUCGAGGAUACAAUAAAUGCACAUCAUGCGCUCUUGUCAAAAGGAUUUGCGCUUUCUGAACCAGUUUUAACUGUACAUCAAGCACUAGAGUCGUAUCUACCAAUUGGUUCUCAAUCAAAUGAACGUCAAUUUCUCAAAGAUUUCAUUAGCGGCGCACCGGGUUCGUCUGGCGCUCGUUUGGCUGCUUGGUUGCAACCGGAAUCACGUCUUGAUCCAAAUAAAUGCGAAUUAAAUACAAUAACCGAACCGUUGCGUUAUGGCUGGCCAACUCAGAUCACUGUGACCAUACGCGAUCAAUAUGGCGAUGCUGUGCUGGUGCCGGAAUUGAAGGUGGAAAUCAAAGCAAUACCAACCGGCGCUUCUGGCAAUGGCAACAUCAAAAUGCGACGAGGUUCUUAUACGGAUAACACCUCAUAUGGUGGUGUGCCGCCGCCACCUCGCCUCAAUUAUGAACCGACAAUUAAAGAGAAAAUGUGUUUCAAAGCCAUAACAUUCAUGAAACCUUACGGCAAUUACUCGUUUGAAGAGUUGCGCUUUAGCAGUCCCAUACAGACGCGCAUCACUGAGACGCUCUACGCGCAAGACAUGGAAGAUGGCACGUUCAGCGUACACUGGACGCCCAAUUCCGUCGGCAGUUAUUGUCUCACAGUCAACAUUGAUGGCAUACUGUUGGAAGAGGUUUAUCGCGUGGAGGUGAAGGAAGGCGGUUUACCGCCGCCCUCACACAAACAAGCGCUGAAGAAGCCACAACCGCCGAAUAAGUUGCGUAAAUUCUUCACCAAAAACACAGCUGGUUUGCGCAUACGCUCACACCCCACACUGCAGUCGGAGCAGGUGGGCAUUAUCAAGCUGAAUGGUGUUAUUUCAUUCAUCGAUGAGAUUGAGAAUGAUGAUGGUGUAUGGUUGCGGCUUUCAACCGAGUCGAUACGUCAACAUUGCACUAUGGGUUGGUAUCCGACGGAGGCGUGGUGUUUGCAAUAUAAUCAGCAUUUCGGGCGGACUCUACUACAUCCAGUAGCAGAGACAAGUACGACCACGGCUGGGCUGACUACUACGACGACAACAAGCACCACUACUGGCACCAGUACCACGGAUGCAUCAGUUGGUGUUGGCACUGCGAUGUUAGUUGGUGGUGGAGGCGGUAGUGGAAAGUCCGCUUCUAAGCCGCGUCAUAAAGUUUUGCUCGAUAACGUUGAAUCGCCCGUUUCACCGGUACCAAUUGAAUCACCUUCGAAGGUAAAAUCCGUGUCCCCGAACAAGAAGAUCUUCGACUUCUCGCAAGAUCGUUUCACGCCACCAAAAUCAUCUGAAUUGUCGUCACAUACUUCCACAAAUCCAUUUCUAUUUCCGAGUGUGACCAAAUCUGAGUCAGAAGAUAGUGAAAUACAAAAAGUGUUCGAUAUGCAGUCUUCAACGCAAACUAACAGCACUUCAUCGUCGCAACAACAACAGCAAGCCGAUCUACUGUCUUUGCAUUCAUUACAAAAUACCAGUCCCUCACAAAUCGGUUCGGCUAUUGCGGGUGUCGUCGGCGGUGGCGCUAUCAAACUACAAGCUCUACAGAAAUGGUUCAAAGGUGACACUUUGGAUGGUCCGGGUUCUGGCGCAGCUGCCGGACCACCCUCGCCGGCCAAGGAACAUCAACGUAAGCGCUCAGAUGUAACUGAAGUAAUGUCUACGGUUUCUGUACGUGAGCUGGUGCGCGUAAUGGGUGGACAAGAUACGCGCUGUAAUGGUAACAGUGCACAUGCGCAAGGCAGUGUGCCACGAAGCUCCAGCCCCGUACAAAUACCAGCAACAGGCAAAAGUUCUACGGAGUCAACGAGCGUUAGCAUAAAAUCUACUGAAGCCUCAGAAACUUCUGGACUCUUCAGCUCACUUACGCAGGAUUCCAGCUCGAAGGAAUUGGACCAUGUGCCUCCGUCGGCUGCGGCCACUUUUGAUAUAUCAACAAUACGUGUGACCAGCUUCACGGCAUCACAGACAGCUGCUUUACUCUCCACACCUAAGCAUUCGCCACGUAAAUUGAUGACAAGUCUGCGACGCACCACCUCUCCUUCGAGUCGUGGUGUCGAUGCCGCUACAGUGCUUAAGGAGCCCGAUUUGACACAACUUGAAGAUGAUAUGAGCAUGUUGCAAAUUACAACAACCACCACAGGUGGUGGCGUCACAACACAAGAUCAAAUCUUAUUUGGCGAGAUGAAGACAGCCAGCACUACAGCAAGCACUGAUGAUUCGAGCCCACCAGUUUGGCCGCCACCACUUAAUCAGACUAACGUCGCAUUGAAUACCGCAACGACAGCGUUACCAAAAUCAUCGCCCAGCAAACGUAAUGCUAUUGGACCCAUCAAACGUGCAAUGCCGCCAUCGUUAGCCGAAAGUAUACGUGCGGUCUUCGCGGCUUUUCUCUGGCACGAAGGACUCGUACAUGAUGCCAUGGCGUGCGCUAGUUUUCUAAAAUUCCAUCCAUCACUACCGAAAGAGGGCGCCACAGUUGUGACUAGGCGUGAUUCCAAAGAUAGUCGUCUCCAAUUGUCACGUGAACAAAAGGCGCAACAACGACAUUCCGUCGAGGUGGCAAAUGCGGGUACCUAUCUGAAUAUCAGACCGUCCACCCUCGAGACGCUUACAAAGAGCGGCAAUUCGUCGCUAAACAAUCGCAAGCAUCGCAAAAAUUUGACGUCCAGUUCGGGUGCAGGUAGCGGUGAAGAGUCGGAAGGUGGUGAAAAGCAAAAGUUGCACACUCUGCCCGAAGUGGUGACUGUGCUGCCGCCAGCGCUGCGUUGUCUUGUCUACCUGUGGGAGCAGGUGUGCACUAAUUGUGUGCAAGUGAUGCAAUCGAAUAUAAUGGAACGUGAAAAGAGCGGUGGCGGUGCCGGCGCUGGAGUUGGUGGUAAUGGUACGCCCACACGUGAGGCAAGCGUGGAUGCGAAAGAAAAGCAAGAUUCAAACGAUCGUGAGCUAGCGAAGAAGAUACGUCGUAAGAAGAAAGACGACGGUUCGUGGUGUGAGAUCUGCGAGGUAUUUCUACCAAUACCCGUAACAUAUCACAUGCGCAUCGUACAUCCUGGCUGUGGGAAAUCUGCCAAAGGCAAAGGUUAUAAUUCUGUGGGCAUUUUCUGCGAAGGUUGGGCCGGCAAUUGCGGCGAAGGUGGUAAGGGCGCGUCCAGUUGGUUCUUAAUGUGUGAUGAGUGCCGCGAAAAGUACAUGACGGCAAAUAAGAAUGUAAACAAUGUAAAUAGCGCACCGGGCGUGGCGCAUUCCGCAAACGAGCUAAAUUUAUUCGGCGUAAAGACCACGACACUAAUCGCCAAUUCUGAGAUUUACACAACAAUGCGUGAAAAUGCCACUUUCUUGCUUGAACUCUCAUCAAGCGCGUCUACUUUGAAUGCUCCGGGUAGUAACACUGCCGUUACUGCCACGAAUCCACUCAAUAUGAUUUCCUCAAGCAAGCGAUCGCCUCAGCAAAUGCCCGUCGUGGUGGAACAUCAACACUUUAAUAUGCCCGAUUUGAAUAAGCCGAGCACAAGUCGUGGCGAUUCGGCGCGUAAUAGUCGCAUUAGCUUGCGUAUGAGCGGAAAAUUCGGAAGCUCAACACCUUACCGUAAGAGUUUUGUUGGUAGCUCUGUCUCCCCGGAGCAUAUUUGGUUGGCGCCCGAAACAUUUGCUUGUUUGGAAUCACUUGGUGUGGCGAAUAACGAAGAUUUGCCUUAUGAGAUGUUCGGCUUAAAUGCCACCGAAAAUGGGUUUGAUAGGCCACUCUCGGAAAUGUCUUACGAAUCGUGCGAUCCAAAUAAUUACGAAAUCAUGACGGGCUCAAUGAGCGCACAGCAAGGCGGUGGUGGUGUUGGCUCAAAUACCGGUACGCUAUCAAAAUUCCAUCGUAGUUUCUCGAUGGGUCAAGGUUGGGCCUUGGCUCAACAGCAGGGUACAUUCCAGUUGAAGAAUCUCGCCGCCAACGCAGACGAAACGCAACAGACCAAAGUCGUGUUUAGGCGACGCAAUAACUCGACCAGUGAAGGCGAUGGCGCCUUACUCAUUUGUUAUCCCUCGGAGAACUUGCGUCGUCUGGUGCCGGAGAAUAUAUUGAACAGCAGCAUUGUGCAUCCAGCUGUGCAGCGUUUGGCUAACGCGGAUGGCGGCAUGAGUGGCACAAAAGCGCACUCGCACUCUGUAGACCAACCGGAAGGUAAUGACAAUGAUGAGAAACUGAAGACAGCAGAAAUGGGUGGUGUUAAGACGAAGGAAUAUGAUUACUCGAGUGUCAGCAACUUGUUGCGCACGAACGCUGUGCGUGAUAAGGACACAUCAAACACACUGCUCGAACUGGAGUUAUCCUCACAGGUCAAUGCGCUGCUACAGCGUCCCGCUAUGGCAUUCAUAACGCAAAAGCACGAUCUCGAGAAGCUGCGCUACGCUAUGAAACGCAGUCUACGCAUUGCCGCCUGUCGCAUUUACUCGUUGCAGGCGCUCAAUUGGUUGUUGCGUUCGGUCACACAGAGCAUCUGCCUACACGAUCUUAUGUGGUGGUUCGUGAGUUCGCUAACUAUUUCCGCUGUCGAGAUGAUAGAUGGCAAGUACGAGGAUGUGGAACCGGCGCUGGAACACCCUGUCACCUACACGCAGAUUAGCGGUCGUUUCUCACAUUUGAUAACACAAAGCUUACAUGUAUUCCUGCAGUCUGUGGCCGAUCUUACGCUCUACUUGCCACUCGGUUCACCCUUGCAACGCAUCGCCAUACAAUGCUUCGGCAUACGUUUUCGCCAAACCGAUCAUCAAUUUCUGCACAACUCUCAUGUGUUCGGCAAUAUUUCGAAAAUACUUUCGAAAUCCGAUGAGCAAGAUGAUGUUAUGGCGGUGUCGAGCAUGGGCAUGGCGGGUGCGUCAGCCGUGGAGAGUGGUUUUGGCGGUGGCAAUUCUGCGGGCAUGCAUGAUGUGGAGCAUAAUUUCCAGAGUGUUGGUGGUGCGGCAGUUGCCAUUGCAGGUGGUGCUGCACCUGCGGGUGCUAAAAUCGUGUGCUAUUCCGACUUGAAUGGCAUGUUUGAGGUGACAGUGUCAUCACGUCAGGCCAUGGCCGAAUCGCUGACGGACAACUCAACUGAGACUUUCUGGGAAAGUGAUGAGGAGGAUCGCAAUAAAUGUAAGAUCAUUGAGAUCUCAAUGACUAAGCUGACAUACACGUGUAAGGUGGUUUUGGUGCACAUCGAUAAUAGUCGGGACAUACAGAACAAAGUGCUAAACGUGGUCUUCUACGCGGGCCAAUCGUUGGGCGAUACGAACCUUAUCAAAUCAGUGGACGUGGAUCCAAAAGCUUGCGCCUGGAUAUCCGCGAAAAUCACCAACGAGUCUUACACGCACUUCCGCCUGGAGUUCCACGGUCCGGAGAAUACAUUGCGCGUGCGACAAAUCAAAUUACUCGGCCUGCCGAGCGUCAUGAGCGGACUGGACGACCAGUUCAAUGAGCAAUUCGGCGGUGCGCAAGCUGCUGCCGGUGCGAGCGCUAAUGGAGGCUUACACACACUCAAAUCGAAUUUGAAACUCACCAAUGCCUUACGCAUACAGCAACAGAUCUGCGAGUCUGAAACACUGCGUGUCUUCCGACUAAUAACAGGUCAAGUCUUUGGCAAAUUGAUCAGCAAUGUCGUCAGUGAUGCCGGUCACCAAUCGAUACUCGGCAUGGAUUCAAGUGGCGCUUCAAUGCUCGCCGAUUCGCUGGAUCUGCGCGAACACAUGGUUGGCAUACUCUUCUCACGCAGCAAGCUGUCACACCUGCAGAAGCAGGUGAUCGUGCAUAUUGUGCAUGCGAUCAAAAAGGAAGCGCAUCGCGCUAAAGAAGAUUGGGAGAUUGUGAAUUUGGCGAAUUGCUUUAAGGAAGCGCACGCCAACACCACAUCCGCAACCUCGACCGGCGAUCCAAAGAGUGAGUCCAGUUCGGAGCGCUAUCGUGCGCCGGAUACUUACUGCUUCGAGAUGCUCAGCAUGGUGUUAGCGCUUUCUGGCAGUGUUGUCGGCCGUUCAUAUCUCUCACAUCAGUAUGGAUUGCUGAAGGAUCUGCUAACGCUGCUACAUACGGGUAGUGAUCGCGUUCAACGGCAGGUGACUGCGCUGUUGCGCCGCAUCUUACCCGAAAUUUCGCCAGAGAGCUUUGCGGAGCUGAUGGGCGUGCAGCGAUUACCGCCAGCCGAUUAUAAUAUUGCGCAUCAGAGUGCGGCCGACUUCGAUAUGAAUCGCUUGGGUUUGUUGGAUAUAUUUCUAGCUGUCAUCGCCAAGGCACUACAACUACAAGUCAAAGUCAAGUCCACUUCGAGCAAAUCGAGUCUGGAGAAGACACCCUCAUUCGUGCGUCUCUGCAAUUCGCUGGAUCUAUCCGUGCACCUAUUGAAGCAGACGCAGAAGACAAAGACAGAUGCCGAGUGCGAACAAAGCGUUGACGCAGGUGAAGCCGUUGAGUUUUCAACCAAAACACAUCCCUUCCGUUUCGAUCAGCAAGUGGAGGGUGGUGAAUAUGAGCUGGGACGUUCGACACUGAAAGCGAGUAAGAAGGAGCAUAAAAAGAAUCUCAAUCAACGUUGGUUCUUGAAUGGUGUCAUCUCCACCAAACAGGCAGAGAGCAUCAUCAGUCUCGUGCGCGAUUUAGCCAGCGGUAAAUUGAGCGAAAAAUGGUCGCAGAUCACCAAAGCCGCCAUCGCUGAGUCGGUAUUGAAUCUAACGCGUUUGGAUGAGAUUUUCCGUAAUCCGGAGCAUUGCGUCAAAACCGCAUCCAUGUGGUUGGCACUCGCCAGUCUCUGUGUGCUCGAUCGUGAUCAUGUGGAGAAGUUGUCGUCCGGUCAAUGGUCGAAAGUAUCCGAUACCCGUCCCAUGUGCACCAAUCACGAUGAUGGUGAGACUGCUGCCAUAAUCCAGUGUGAGACUUGUGGUUCCCUCUGUGGUGAUUGUGAUCGAUUCUUGCAUUUAAAUCGCAAAACACGAAUGCAUAAGCGAACGGUCUGCAAGGAAGAAGAGGAAGCCAUACGCGUGGAGUUACACGAGUCCUGUGGACGCACCAAACUCUUCUGGCUACUCGCCUUAGCCGAUUCGAAGACCCUCAAGGCAAUGGUGGAAUUCCGCGAUGGCAGUCACACAAUAAUAUCCGGUCCACAAGAGGCGGUGGGACGUUGCCGUUUCUGUGGCAUUACCGGCAACUCGGGGCUGCUUGAGAUCGGUAACGUUUGCGCCGAUGCGCAGUGUCAAGAGCACGCGGCCAAUUCGUGUAUGAAGGUGAAGUCGUGUGAUCACCCGUGCGGCGGUGUGGCCAAUGAGAAGAAAUGCUUGCCCUGUCUGCAGCAUGUGUGUCACGCGCGUGAAAAUAAGAUCGCCGAAGAGUUGCACGAACCAAAAUUGACGCAAGAUGCAGACGAUAUGUGCAUGAUAUGCUUUGUGGAGGCGCUCUCGUGUGCGCCAUCCAUACAGCUUGAGUGUGGCCAUGUGUUCCACUAUCAUUGCAGUAAAGCAGUCAUCGAGAAACGUUGGAGUGGACCACGCAUCACAUUUGGCUUCUCGCUGUGUCCCAUUUGCAAAGCUGAUAUACAACACGCGCUGCUCGCCGAUAUUUUGGAGCCCAUUAAUGCGCUCAAGCAGGACGUCAAGCGCAAAGCGUUGAUGCGGCUCAAAUACGAGGGCAUCGUCAAGGACACCGACUCCAAGGAUGUCACCAAUUUGGCCAUGGACCGUUACGCAUACUAUGUGUGCUACAAGUGUCAGAAGGCCUACUAUGGUGGUGAGGCGCGUUGUGAUGCCGAAAUUGGCGAGAAAUUUGAUCCGCAGGAAUUAGUCUGUGGCGGCUGUUCGGAUGUGGCGCGUGCGCAAAUGUGUCCCAAACAUGGUACCGACUUUCUGGAAUACAAAUGUCGCUACUGCUGCUCGGUGGCGGUAUUCUUCUGCUUCGGCACCACACACUUUUGCGACACCUGCCACGAUGAUUUCCAACGUCUCACGAAUAUACCGAAGAAUAAGCUGCCACAAUGUCCGGCCGGGCCGAAGGCCAAACAACUGAUGGGCGACGAGUGUCCAUUGCACGUCAUACAUCCACCCACGGGCGAGGAGUUCGCGCUGGGGUGUGGCGUGUGUCGCAAUGCGCAAACGUUUUAGCAUGAUGCUGCGUUGCAGGAGCCACGCGGUGGCGCUGUGGAGGCGGCGGCGGCGGCCGCAGUGCAGCGACGCCAAUUGGAUGCGCAAGCAGCGGCGGCGGGCUUAAUGCCGCUGGAGGAGUGGAUUGAGGUGGAGAUGUUGGAUUUGGAUAAUGAACGCAGCUUUGAGGUGGUGCUGCGUGACGCUGACGAGCAUGAGGGCAAUCGCAAUGAAUAGAAGCAGCUAAAGAGAUAUGUGUAUUUGUAGGCAUUCUUUAUUUUUAACCCACACGAAUGGUAUUUUUAUUUGAUCUCAAAAUUCGAUUUUUACCAGAAAUCUGAAUGUUAGCCAUAAGUUAAAAUUUUAGCAACUCACGUACACUCUUCAACAUACACAUACGUAUACACUUACAUGAUUGUACUCGUAAAAAAUCGCGUAUAUUUAGAUUACUGUUGCGCUGCUUAGAAUACUCAACAUUUUAAAAAGGCAUGCGCAACACUUGCAAUAUUUAAUGUGCUAAAAUUAACACUAAGUUACAUAUAAUACAUUCAUAUAUAAACACUAAAAUAUAACUAUUAAAUAUAUAUUAUACAUACAUUUAUGCGUAGUUAUAGACAUGAAUAUGUAGCGAAACUCGAAUAUGGCGUAUGUGCUAAUAAUACUAUAUGUAAACGAAAUUUCAAAAGAAACAAUUGCAAUAACAUUUUGUGUACACUAAAUAAAUAUAUAAAUAAUA